AUGACCGCCACGAUCCUUCGCACAAACUACGCCCUCCUUCUCUUCUAUGUGCGAGAGAAGUACUGGCACCAUGCGGAGGAGGUGUGCCUGUCCGUCAUCCAGUCCACGGAUGAUCACAUGUUCCGUGUGUGGCGGGCGCUGACGCUGGAUCGGCAAGGCAUGGCGAACGAUGCCAUUCGCGAGUACAAGACUGUGGAGUCGCGCCGCGCCACCGCCGUGCCGGCGCUCAUGGGCAUGCAACUCAUUUACAAGCAUAACCGCGACCAGGAGGGCGUCGCGCAGACGGAGGCGAAGCUCGACGGCUUCGAAGUGGCUGACAACAUGGGUGGCUGGGUUCAAGCGGCGGCGUUGUGCUGGGCCGCUGGGAACAUCAACGCAGCCAGAGACAUCCUGCUCAAGUUCACGGACAACGAGGCGGCGAUGGCAUACCGGGACGAGUACACGAACUACGGCACCAUCCGCGGCUGGGUAGAUCUGCUGUCGGGCCGUGGUGCGCUGCUGGAGAAGGCCGGCACGCUGUUCUCCAGCAUGCUGGAGAUGGAGGAGGCGCAGUACUCGUUUUUUCAGGCUGGCAAUGAGGCCGGCGGCGGUGGGAGCGGCACCACCAAGUGGACCGACAUGAACGCCGCGCUUGGCUACGUGGCCUUCCUCGAGCGCAAGACGCAGUUGACGAAGGCGCGGAGCCUGCUGGACCGCCUUGUCGUCCUUUAUCCGAGCUGCAGCAUCCCGCCACUGGUGGGCAAGGCGCGUCUGCUCAUGCAGGCCGAUGACUGGGAGCAGGCGAUAGAGGUGACCCACCGCAUCCUCGCCCACGACAGGGGCAAUGUCGAGGCCCUCGCACUCGAGGCGCUCUACGCGAUAGGGAAGGACACCCGUCAAGACGCCGCACCGGUGCGGUUACGCCGCCUGCUCGACGCCGUGCGGGCCAAGGAGCCGCGCAACGUGGCACUGCUGCACCAAUUCGCGCUUGUCUUCUCUCGCCUGGCGGGUGAUCGGCUGGAUCUGUUAAACAUCACCACGCAGUUUUCGGAAAUGGCGUGUGCGCUGGAUAGCCGCAGCGGGGAUGUGCUCUGCGGGUUGGGGUACCAGCAGCUGUACCGACAUGACUACAAGACUGCCGUGGCGACUUUCCGCAAGGCCGCAACGCUGACGGACAGCCUGGACCCGCUCCUGGGGACCGUGACGUGCCUCUUGCACCAGGGCGACUUGGAGGAGGCAGCGACGCAGCUACAAUUUUGUAAUCAGCUACAGCCGGCUGCACAGCGCAACGCGGAGCUUAGCAUGCUGAACGCGCAGCUGCGGUGGCGCCGGCGCGGCAUGGAAGAGGAGACAGCGGUGUUACGGUAUCUGGAUCAGGCAGCCGAGGCGAUCAAGCAAGACGUCAAGGAGCGCGCGGGAUCUGGAAUGGAGGUGUAUGUGCACCUCAACGCCCCCGUUGCGCUCGCCAUCGCCCAUGCCUACCUCAUGCACUGCCGCAACGAACCACCGGACCCGAUGUUCAAGCACACGGACGUGGUCGGCGAGAAGUGCGGGCGCCAUCUCGAGUUCGUCGUGCAGCACCUGCCGGCCUGCAUGGAGGCGCAGCUGAUGCUGGCCAAGGUGUGGUUCGUCACAGGUGACGUGCGCAGGGCGCAGAAUCUGCUCAAGAACACGCUUCUCAUGCAGGAGCAGCCGCUGCCGGACGCCUUCCUGCUGUCGAGCCAUAUAUGCCAGUACAUGGGGGAUGUCAAGCUCGCCACCCAGGCCCUGGAGCGGGCGCUGACCCUCGACUUCUCCCUACAGGAGCAACCCCUCUAUAACCUGCUACUCGGCACAGUGCAAGGCACCACGGGCAAGUACGCGGAGGCUCUCGCGUCGUUGAAGCGCGCCCACGGCACGGUGAAGAGCGCGGCCACCGCGUCCUCCGCGGGAAAGCCAGCGAACCCGCUCAGCGUGCCGGAGACAGCGACUCUGUACAUACAGCUGGCGCAGGCGCAGCUGCGCGUGCGCGACGUGGACGCGGCGCGCGCGACACUGGCGGAGGCAGCUCUCCAGUUCCGAGACUCGGCGCAGAUAGGGCGCGUCGUCAUUGCGCAGGCGAUGCUGGCCGCGCGCACAGAUGUCGACAGAGGCAUUGAGCUGCUGCGGCAGGUGCCGAGCAAGAGCGAGUUCUACACGGCUGCCCGCUCGCAGCUUGGCAAGCUCUUCCUCACGCAGAAGCACAACUUGGGCAUGUACAUACAGUGCUUCCAGGAGAUGGCCGAGGCGGCACCGUCCGCACAGAGCUACGUGGCGCUUGGCGAAGCCUACUCAGCAAUUCAGGAGCCGGAGCAGGCGAUCGCGGCAUACGAGAAGGCCAGAGCGCUCUCGCCAUCCAGCAGCGAGCUGUCUGUGCGCGUCGGCCGCGCUCUCGUCGCGGCGCACGACUACGCCAAGGCAAUCCGGUACCACCACGACGCGCUCAUGUCCGACCCGCACCUCUCCAUCGUGCGGGCCGACCUCGCCACGCUGCAGUGGCGGCUGGGCCGCAUAGACGCUGCGCGCGAGACCAUUGUGAUGUCCCCCGUGUACGAGCUUCCCUCCACAAACGACGCCGGUGCAGGGGUGGCGUCCGCAGCAGCGGCGGGGUCUGCGGAAACGGUAGGGACGGCGAUUGAGCGGAUCAACCUGUAUCUCCUCCUGUACAAGGUGCUGCGCGACCAGCCGUGGACGGUUCCGUUGAGCGCGCAAGGCACCGCUGACACUGGCAGUGAGGGCGAUCACGGCGAUGCGGCCCUCACGGCUCUUCUCACAGCCCGCUCGCUGCAGCGGCGCCUCAUCGAGCAGCAGCUGCGCGCCGAAACAGCCGAAGUGAACGCCGAGCAGCGCGUCGUCAUGUCGGGGAUUUGCACCGAGCUAGGCACGCGGUGCAUCUACAGCACCCCUGCGCCACCACCCUCCUCGGUCAUCAUGACGGACAAGAAGGUAGAGGCUGCCGCGGCGCUGGCGCUCCAGUCCGCUGUUGCGGCCCGGCUGACGAACGCGCGGGAGUACCUGCGCGAGGCCAUCACGUACGAUGAGUCGAACGAGUGCGCGCAGCUCGAGUCGGCGCAGCUCUGCUACCGCACCGGUGACAUGGACGGGUGCGAGCGGCACUGCACGACAGUGCUGCGCAUGGCAGACGGCGGUUCGAGGAAUGCGGAUGCCGUGAUACUGCUGGCAAACCUGUACACGCAGCAGGGUCGCACCGAGGACGCUCGAGACAUGUUCGAUGACCUUCUAAGGAAGACCCCCCAGCAUUACGAGGCUCUGGUCUACUACCUCAUCCUGCUCUACCACGCCGGACAGCUGACGGAGGCCAAGGACGCGUUGGGCAGGGCGGCGGCAGCCGUACCGGCGGGCCAGCGCGCCGACCCGGGCCUGAGCUACGCACGAGGCCUCUACGAGCACCUCUGCAACAACAACGCCGAGGCGCUGCGACACUUCAACUUGGCGCGUCUGCCAACCGACAACGCGUGGUGCACGCGGGCGUUGGUGUGUAUGAUCCGAAUUUACCUCGUACCGACCACGCAGGAUCUCUGGGUGCGAGGCACGAACCCGGCGGCCGCCGCGACCGGUGGGGCGGAGCUGCACGACAACAUACGCUACGCGGAGCAGCUGCUGUUGCUGCUGCCGGUGCACAGCGAGGAAAGACGCAUCCUUCAGGCGUACUGUGCGAUGGCGACGCGACGCCCGGAGGAGCUCGAGACAGCGCUGCAUCUAUUCCUGGAGUGCAUCGUGGCUGCUGAAACCGGCGGCGUGUCCGGCGCCAGAGCGGCGUGCGGCGCGACGACCGCCGAGAAGAAAGGCAGAAGUGGCAGCGGCCAAGACACCGCCAAAGCAGGGAAGAAGCCGCGGUGUGUCGGUGACAGCGACUCGGACGACGACGACGACCUCCAGCUGCUGGCCAGCAUGCACGAGAUCGCCGCGGAGCUGGCGCAGCGCAGCAGCGGCAGCAGCACGGCCACACUCGCCUUCGCGCUGCAGUGCAAGGUGGUGCACCCGGAGGCGUUUCUCGGGCUGGCCAUCAGCCUCUACGUUUCUGGGCAGGAGACGGCCGCGCGGAACGUGCUGGCUAGGUUGCUGGAGAACAAGAAGGUCAUGACGAAGAUGCCGGUGACGAAGCAGGCGGACAAAAGCAAGGGCGACGCCGCGGAGCCGCCAGCCCCGAUCAUUAUCUCGCCUCCGAUCGCAAUCCUCACGUGCUCCGAGGAAGACACAAUCGAGCGUGCGAUGCUCUUGCAGGCGUACAUGGACACGCAGGAGGGCCAGCUCGACAAUGCUCGGUUCGUGCUGCAGCAGGUGCUGGCGGCCAAUCAGGGCUGCGGUUCCGCCUGGAACGCGCUCGGCAUGAUCUACGAGCGGAACCAGAAGCACAAGGACGCCUCGCGCUGCUAUCAGAAAGCCUGGGAGCUGGUGCAGGAGUCCGACCCGGCUGUCGGAUACAAGCUGGGGUUCAACUACCUACGCGGCGGCGAGCCGGUGAAGGCGAUCGACGUGUGCAAGCGCGUGCUCGCCCACCACGCCACGUACCCGCGCAUCGAGGCAGAUGUGAUGGACGUCGCCUACUCAAUGCUGCGACCGUAA